AUGGCCGGCCGCCCCGGCGCACCGCCGCUCGCCGCGGCGCUUCUGCUGCUGCCGCUGCUGUGUGCAACGAGCCUCCUGCCGGCAGCCGGCGCGGCGCGCCACGACGCGGCGCCGCCGCGCUACAAGAUACUGACCCUCAUCCCCAUGGGGGGCUCCAGCCACACCUUCGAUUUGGUAGCCGUAGCAGGUGUCCUCGCAACCAGGCACGACGUCACCGUGGUCACGCCCCCCUCGGACCACGGCCACACGGCGGCGGCCAUCAAGCGGCUGGGGGACGCGGCGGGCGCCAUGAAGCUGGAGGAUGUGGACGCCCUGCUGUCCAUGGCCUCCUUCUCAAAGGGGAUCGGCUCGAUCGGCAAGGGCGGGCUGGUUUCGAUGGUGCGGAAGAUGUCGCAGCUUCCUUACUGGAUGGCGGAGCGCUGCGAGCAGAUGCUGGGGAACGCGACGCUCAUGGAGUCCUGGCGGUCGUAUGACGUCAUCUUGACCUUCCUAUUCCCUCCCCCGGGGCAAGACACCUGCACCUGCCUGCUGGGCCAGGCGCUGGGCAUCCCCGUGGUCCACGUGCUCGACAUGGUGCUGAUGGAGGCACCCAUCAAUGUACCCCAGUUCGGCUCUGGCCUGAGCCGCGCCGAGGUCCGCGGCACCUGGGCGGGCGCCCUCAAGAACGCCGGCUUCUACGCCCUCCAGAACACCCUGAUGAAGGCCCUCGCGUGGGCUGAGGUCGGGGCGAACAGGAAGCUGCGCGCCAGGCUGGGGCUGCCGCUCGGCCGCGGGGGCUGCCGGCCGGUGGUGGGGCUGCUCAGCAGCAGCUGGCUGCUGGAGGAGCCCCAGGCGCUGGAACCCCACCAGAUCAUGGUGGGGCCCGUCUCUGCCCGCCCCUCGUCCCCUGUCAUCCCCGACCCCGCCAUUGCCGCCUUUGCCGCGGAGGCCGCCGCGGAAGACGGCCUCGUGCUCAUCUCCUUUGGCUCCGUGUCGAGCUUCUUUGGCAGCCUGCUGACUAAGGAGGAUUACGUAAACCUGGCCCUGGCGUUCGCUGACCUGGCGCCCGUCCGCGUGCUGUGGCUGCUCAACCCUCGGGGCCUGCCGGAGGGCGUGACGGUCGAGGGGCUGCCCCUGGGGAACAACACCCUGAUGGUGCCAUGGGGCCCGAUUAACGACGUGCUCGGCCACCCCAGCUGCCGCGCCUUCGUCACCCACGGCGGCCUGAAGUCGACGCUCGAGGCAAUGUUCCACGGCGUGCCGAUUGUGGGGGUGCCCUUCAUGAGCGAGCAGCUCCACAACACCCAGCGCGCCGCGGCGCGGGGCUUUGGCGUCGUGUCACCGCAGGCCCCGGUGGUGCGCAAGGACGGGACCCACUACACCCGAGAGGGCGUGGCAUCCCUCAUCAGAAAGGUCCUGUCGCCCUCAUACGCGACUGCCGCCAACCAGAUCGGCGCGGCCAUGCGCCUGGCCUACAGCCAGAAGCGCCCCGUGGACCGCGCGGCUGAGGAGGUGGAGCUGGCUCUGCUGCAUGGGGGCUACAGCGUGGAGCACUCGCUCGCGCAGGCACGGCUGCGGGAGGGCAAGGCGCGGCGCCAAGGCAGCAGCGGCGGCGGCGGCGGCCUCGAGGCGGCGCUCGGCGCAGAGGUGUCGCGCGGGGACGUCGCGGCGGCGGUCAUGGCGCCUGCGCAGUCCGCUGCGGCGGAUGCUGCGCAGGAGCUGUGA